CUACUAAGGUACCGUCUCGAAUACUCUUGGAGUCGUUUAUACUAAUAAGAGUGUGCAGUCCCCCACCUUACUAUCCUAGGUGUGUAAGCCUCGGUAAUAGGUUGAUACUUGAUGGGUGAUGACAAGCCUUGCUGCUCGUCAGAGGCAAACCCUCUGAUAGGGCCUUGCAAGCCUUCUCGUCGCUAUCAAUCUCCCUAUGCUUAUGCAGCAUUCAUUGCUAUCUUGAUUGUUGCAAUCACGAUUGUCAUUUUCUCCAUUAGCCCUUCAAAUGACCCCUUAGAUUCAGAUGUUCGAGAUCGCAUUCGCAAGGACUGGGACAUCGAACUUCGCCAGCACCCGAAAGAAGUUCUCAAGCGCACCGACACUCAAAAACGCUGGCGUCUGGAAGAUGACGACAGGAUUCGCCUCCGCGAACAAUGGGGAACGGGGGUGGAAAAGCACAAUCGUGAAGUGGAGGAGAGGCUAAGGCGCGAUGAAGAACGCAUAAUUCAUAUCCGCGAACAAUGGGAAAGAGAAGUGGAAGAGCAUGAGGAGGAAGUGAAGGAGGGACGGAGGCAUGACGAAGAAGAAAGAAUUCAAGAAGGCUUGAAAUUGAAUAUGUUUUGGACCGACUUGGCAUCCCACAUGUGCACGACAUACGCCACUCGAGAGUACACCGCUCGACUGGUGAAUGUUCCACCAUACUACAACCGCCGCGUGGGAACUUGCAUGGCCACACCGGUAAAGAUCCACGCGGCUGAAUAUACGCCUAAGUGGUGCGAGGAUGGCGGUCCAGACAACGUAAUAGGUCAUUGGGAAGUCGACCAGCAUGAGCCGGAUUGCGCGUCGUACUGGAGCUCGUACAAAGAUCUUGGCUGUGUUUCGCCUGGAUCCGGUCAGCGACGUAUUGAACAGUACUUCAAGAACCUCCCGUCGGGAGGCGAUUGGAAGGAGUUCUGUGCUACCACUCCUGCAAGCUUCCGCGGGAUGCAUUUCAUGGGGGGCAGAAUUCUGCUUUCGAAAGUACCGUAGCACAUACGGCCAUUGGGUUUUUGAUGACAAGAGCUGCAAGUAGGUCAAGUCACAAUGAAGCUGCGAUGUUGGAUGAGGGUGAUAUUGUCUUGGAAUUUUGAUGCGCUAUUUUUUGCUGUGCCAUUCGAUGUACAAUAUCAUCUUCCAAUCAGGGACGCC